AUGUGGCCAGUACAAUCGAUCACGAAUGACGGACAAGUUGAGACUGCAGUGGAUACUUUGUUGUGGCUGUGUGGUAGCGUGGAAUCGCCACAUUUGGCAGCCUGGAGUGUCCGCAAAGCCAUUUUUCAGGCAUUGGCUGCAGUUGCGGAGCGUGCACCGGCGGAGACGCUCCUUAAGGGUAAAAAUGCUCUGGAGCGUGUGGUUGAUUGCUGCUGUGGAUCGUUUGGUGUGGCGGAUGGCAAGUACUCGAUGGUGCGUGUGGCUGCGGCUGGAGCACUCGCUGCGUUGCUGAAACGAGCACAGAGUGACUCGGACGUGGCGUUGAGACUGGUUGUACAGCGAGAGCGCGUGCUGGAAGCCGUGCAGACACUGUUAGCAAGCGAGGAAGCGUCGGAGCAGCAGGCCGCCUUUAAUUUGAAAUCGCAACUUCUGCAAGUGCCAUAGAGGAAAGACGAAACCAGAUCACGUGAAGGCACGCACAUUCGCACCAACUUGAUAAAGAAAACCAGCUUUUGUGUCGGCAAACUUUCUGACAAAUGUUCGCUUGACCUGGAAGAAACUGACUUAGCUUGAUCC